AUGGGUAUGCUGAUAGAGCAACCAUCUAUACUGCCUUGCAAGUUGGCUCCUAAUCUGCCACCGCUCAUUGGAGGUAACGUGUUGUGUGACUGCCGUGCCCUCGGCCACCAGCGUGCCCACUGUGGGCAACACAGUCCCCAGGAGGCCUUCAGGAGGCCUGUGGUGUUUGGCCAUGCAUCAGGUCUGCAGAGAUACAUCACACUGCAAGAUGAAUGUAUCCCCAAAAUGACAUCAGGAUUGCUGAGCCACCCCCAAGCUUCCCGAUACCAGCAGUGGAGCGGUUCAUUUGCUAACCACCAAACAUUAGCAGGACACAAGGUGGAAGAACCUGUUACGGGAAAGUUUGGUGGUCCCUUGAUUACAAGGAUGUUAUUGAGCACCGGUCUUGAUGAAUAUGAAAAAUGCGACGAGCCUCUGGUCUCAGCGCUGCCCCACUCUUCCUUCAGCAGUUCAUCGUCCAAGACGAGUAGCUACGUGCCAGGAUAUGCCAAGUUAAACAAAAGGGGAGGCGCAGGAGGCUGGUCUCCCUCUGACAGCGACCACUACCAGUGGCUCCAGGUGGACUUCGGGAGCAGGAAGCAGCUGAGUGCCGUCGCAACGCAGGGCAGAUACAGCAGCUCGGACUGGGUGAGCCAGUAUCGGAUGCUCUACAGUGAUACAGGGAGGAACUGGAAGCCCUACCACCAGGAUGGGAACAUUUGGGACUGGGGCUAUGGAGGUGGCCCAGCCAAGAAGAGUUUGUGGGAGAUUGUGGAAUAUAGUGUGGAGUUAAAUCUCGGAGCUGGACCACUGGAGAUUGUCAAGAGAAAUGCCGACUCUUCGGAGACGGGGCAUGCUGGUGUAGCCUCGAAGGCAGCUGCCAUGCGAGAGACAAAGAUAGAGGAAAGCAGACUAACGGCAG